CUGCUGCGAGGAGAGAGCCCAGAGACACAGAGUGCAAAGAGACAUCUCGUCGUCGCUGCUUCACCUUCACAACCGUUGCAUAGGCACGCCGCCAGUGCCUCCACCCAGUUCUCAUCUCACACACACGCACCUCGUGGUCGCAUCGCUCGCUGCUAGCCACCUCCUUGUGCUCGCUCUCGACAACACCUCUCAUCCAUCCACAUCUUUUUUAUCGGUGGUUUAUCACACACGGAUCCCAAUCCACCAUGGGAGAGUCGAAAUUGUCACCUGGCGGCGCAGGCCUCCAGUCCGGCGCCAACGUCCCAUCGCCCGCAACCACCAUCGACCCCAUCACCGGCAAGGCGCACGUCACGGCGACGGGCCUGACCCGCGCGCAGCUCGCGUCACAGCGUGCUGCCGCGGCCAUCAACGGUACGCCGGCAAACGGCACUCAGCCGCCGCCGCCCAACGGUGUCUCCAAGGCUGUCGCCGGAGUAAAGUCCAGCGCGCCUCACCUCCCCUCGUCGUCGUGGUCCGACGACAUCAGCCGCGCAUUCGACAGGAUCAAAGUGGCCACGCCGACGAUUGACGAGGACGAGGUGUCGACGUUUACACCGCAGACGUCUCUUCCCACCCGCUCCAAGGCUUCCGCCGCCGCGCCCUCGGCGUUCAAGGCGCCCAAACUCGCGCCCCCCUCUGCGCCAUCAGACGGCACAGUAGUCUUCGCCCCUGGAACCCGCGCGCGGACAACAAAGAGGCUCAGCGUCAACACGGCCAAUGGGCUGUUCACCGCAUCGCUCGACCCUGAGACCAUGGUCUUCUUCAUCGACGACGACACGGUGCUGCCGGGCGAGACGCCAAAGGCCAGCCCUGGUAUUGGAGAGAGCAAGCGCAUCGCUGUCCCGAGCUCAUCGGGACAAGCGACGCCGCAGGCCAGCGGUGCUGAUGGGAGCGGCCCAGCGAGCCCCGCAAGCGCCAACGGCGCGACGAUCCACGCCGCGUCCAGGCUGCCAGCACCGACAUCCGCAGCCGCGGCAAUCCCCCAGGUUGCUGUUCAGCCACCGCCUGACGCUGUUGUUAGCAUUGCGGGCGGUGCUGCGGAUCGGGACGUGCCGACCGGCAGUCCCAUGAGCCCGAAGCGAGCGGGGAUGGUCGGACGCCCGGCCAUGGUCUCGCUCGGGGCCGUGGGUGGAGCCUCGGCGCUUCGCGAGCUCGCGGGGCUGAACACGGACGAUGCGAAUGCGCUGGCCGUCACGAGCGAGACCAGGCGCGGAGCGGAGCGAAGCUACACUUCGGCCUCCACAACUGCUAUCCACCAUGGAGCCGAGGGCAAGCCGAACGAGAGGACAUCACUUGGUGCUAGACCGGACGACGGUGACGGAGACAACACAACAGUUGACACGGGCACUGUGUCCGGCGACGUCUCCCGGACCCAGACACCGGCCGGAGACAACUCUCUCCCCCAAACGCCCGCCUCGCUCGCCAUUGCCAGCACGACGAAGCACGGGCUUGACCCAGCCGCGUCGACUGCGAGCAUCACGGCCAUCCGGAACGGCAGCGAGGGGAAGAACGUGUCGCACCCUGGCUCCCCAGUGAGCUCGACGGCGCCGAGCCACGCAGCAGAGCCCAAGUCGCCUGUGCCGUCGACAACGCAGCCCGCGUCCACGUCGGACCCCAAGUCGCCGACGUCGCCCACCUCUGCCCUCUCCGCGCCAUCAGCAAACGGCUCGAGCUCAUCUGACCUUCGUACCCCCGGACACGCAUACCGCGCCGUCGGCCACCCUGCGUCGCGUGGGCUACCGGGCACGACACGCGAAGUGGGGACCUAUCCUGCGCCACAGUACGAUGGCGAGGCGACCGCCGAGCUCGCCCACCACAACCAGAGUGGUGUUCUGCACAGCCUCGCCCAAAAGGUGUCAGACAAGGUGGAGGGAAAGAAGCCUGCCAAGGAGGCAGAUGACGAGGCCAAGCACGAUGAGGACACACCACCCGCCCUCCCCGAGAAGGACAGCCCAGUCAGCCCCGCGAGCCCAACCAGCGCGUCGAGCGGCGUUACUGGCGCGCCGUUGUCCACGCCGUCCAAGCUCGGCGACGUGCAGAGACGCAAGCCAGUACCAGCGGCAGAUGCCGAGCUGGCCAGGAGCAGUGGCAACUCGUCGCCUGAUGGCCAACCGCCCGUCGUCGCGACGGUGCCCAUCGCCGACACCGAGGCAGAUGCCGAGGCCCAGACCCCUACCACCGCCAAGAAGACGAACGGCUUCUUCAACCGCUCCGCAGCCAACGAAUCAACGACGCCGACGACUCCUAAGUCACCCUCGAGCCCGUUGCAGAAUGCCAGCGCGGCGUUUGCAGGCUUUGGCAGCGCACUCCGGCGGACAGCGAGCGGGACGCUGCUGAACACGGGCGGCGGCACGAAAGAGCGGCCCAUCAUCUCGGACCCUCUGCCAGUGCCAGUUGACAAGGAGACGCCCGGGCGCCCGUCGGGUUCGUUCUUCCGGAGCCACAAGCGGUCAGAGAGCGCGGCGCCCAAUCUCAACCCCAACGCCGAGGCGGCAGCGCGGCCGCCCACGUCCUUCUUCAACCACUCGCGCCAGGCCAGCGCAGCGAGCACGGGCAGUGCACGCAAGAAGGGCGGCAUCUUCAACAAGCUCAAGGCCGACUUCAAGGUCAUUGGCGGACGGAUCAGGAACGAGGACAAGAAGUAGUAGUAGCGGUGGCCCCGCAGGACAAUGGGCCAAGCUGGGCGGCUGGGCGUGCGUGGCGCGGCGCGGCGAGGCGCGGGUUUGUACAUCUAUCUACCUUGUAAUAAAAUGAUGACGGAUGACGAU